AUACCCCAAUUCGAAUCCACAUUUCAAUUUUUAGCAGCCAACAAACUCCAUCGCCUCCGAUCUUCUCUCUCAAUAAAUUUCCCCAAUUUCUCUUCUCUCUCUAUAAAUUCUCUCUCUAUACGUAUCUAUAUACGUUUACUGUAGACUAUAUUGUUGUAUUCUAUAUCGAAAACCGAUUCGAAGAAUUAAGGUCAAGAGCUUUCUGGAAGUUUCCGGCGAGUUUUCCGGCAGAUUCGAAUCGGUUGCAUUCCGGCGGUGGGGGAUUCUGAUGGAAUCUGUUUAAUUGCUGUUCUGUUGUUGUUGUUGUUGUGGAACUGGAAGGGAGUUAGGGUUUGUGGAAGUUUGUGUCAUUUUACUGAUUGGGGGAACCGGCGGUUGAUUGUUAGAUUUGAAUUGGGUUUAGAGUGUUGGAGAGUGAAUUAGGGUUUCGGAGGUUAAGGGAUUGAAAAAAGAGGUUUAGGUUUAGGUUUUGGGAUAUUUACAGUCAUGCCUCGGAGUUCAAAGCAUAAAUCGCAUAAGCAGAGUAAGCAUAGUCCGAAGGAGGGUAGGGAUUAUUCGUACUCGGAUUCGGAUGAGGAAAUGAAAACCAAGGAGAAAGAGAAGGAGAAAGAGAGGAGUAGUAAGGAGGAUAGUCUGGCUAGGGUUUCUAAGGAUUCAAUCCAUUCAGGUUCUGGUGAGAAGAGAAAACAUUCUUCCCAAUCUAAGGAAGGUAAGGAUAGUAAAGAUCUAAGUGGGUAUGGAAAUGGUGAUGCUUCAGAGGAGUAUGUUUCUUCUAAGCGUCGGAAAGAGAAGGUAGAGGCGGGUAGUGGUGGUGCUGAUAGAUGGAAUGGUGCUGCUGAUAGUGCAUUGAAGGGAGAAAGUUUGAAAAUUGAUGCAGAUAAGGGUUCUAAGGGGAAGGAAACAAAGAGCUCAAGUGAUUCCAAAAGUAAAAGCAGUAAGAAAGAAGGUAAUGUUGCCUCAUUGGUGGAAAAAGAAGAGAGUAAGAGUGGAAGAGUGGAGUCAAAGAGGAAAUCUGAGAAGGAUUCUGGUCGAAAAGAAGGCAAGGAUUCCAAGGAGGUGAAGGAAAAGGAGAGAGGGUCAGACAGGGAAAAGAAGGGUCAUGAGAGUAAGCGCGAUGAUGUUGACAAUGUGAAGAAACAAGGGUCUCAAUCUGGUGAUGCUAGUGAAGAAAAGCAGAACAAAAAAGGUAGAGAAACUGCUGAGUGGACUAUCCAAAAUGAGGUACCAAAUAUUGACUUGGACAAAGAUGCUGAGAAAAGGGCACGGAAGAGAAGAGAAAUCCCUGGUGAUCGGGAUAAAUAUGAUGAUGACAUAAAUGAGAGCGAUGACAGACGGUUAUCUUCGAGGUCUGAACGUACUAAAGGUGAAAAACAGCGACAUGAGAAACAUAAAGAGUACAAGGAAGAUGUCGAUAAAGAUGAUAAGCACAAGGAUGGUAGGUAUCGUGAGGAUGUUGAUAAGGACAGAAAACGGCGUGAUGAUAAAUAUCGAGAAGAUAGUGAUAGAGAUAAUAGACGUAGAGAUGACAAGUACCUGGAAGAUGUUGACAGAGAUAGCAGACGCCGGGAUGACAAAUAUCGUGAUGAUGGUGACAGGGAUAAUAGGCGCAAGGAUGGUAGAUAUCGAGAAGAUGGUGAAAGAGAUAGUCGUCGUAGGGAUGACAAAUAUCGUGAAGAUGGUGACAAUGAUAACAGGCAUGGGGAUGGUAAGUAUCGAGAGUAUGGGGAGAAAGAUGGCCAUCAUGAUGAAGAUAGAUAUCAUGAAGAGGGUGAAAGAGAUGAUAGGCAGAGCGACAUCAAGUAUAGAGAAGACAGUGAAAGAGAUAAAAGGCGCAAGGAUGAGAAGCACCGGGACGAUUUUGAAAGACAUGGCAGAUGCAAGGAUGGUAGUGAAGCAGAUGAAAGUGAUAAAAAGAGGAGACUCAAUGAUGCCAAGUAUGGGGAUGAACGUGCUCCGAGAGACCAUUCAGGUGACCGGUCUGAUGCGAAGCGUUCUAGGGAUGAGGGUCAUUCUUCUGAUUUGCAUUUGAGGAAGUCAGGUAUGCAUGAAGGUAACCCUGGUUAUGAUCGUGCAAGGUAUAAAGAUGAGCCAGGAAGAAGGAGAGUGCUUGAUAAAGAGGACCUUGGAGAUAUUAGAUCUCGGAGCAGUAAAGAUCAGCGAUCUGAAGCAGAGAAGAGAUCCAUAAGCAGUGCUAGAGUAGAGUCUGUCACUGAUCGUGGAAGGUCUACCUCGAGGAAUGCUGAUGCAGAAGUUACUCCACAAAAAAGCAGGUGGAAGACUUCGCCUAGUGCUGGACCUCAUACUACAAGAGAUAAUUACAGGCUGUCAAAACAAGAAGACUCCAAGUAUCCUUAUGAAGAAAGGAUUCGACAUGGUGGAACAUCUCGAGAUUAUGGUGGUUCUGGUGCAUCAAUUGAGAGAAUUUCUUCAUCCCGUUCAACAGAGAAAAUGAUUCAGAAGGAGGACAUCUUUCUUGGAGAUUACUCAGCUGAACGACGGCUUAAAUCAGAUGUUCGCAGUUCUCCCAUGCAGUUGGUGGAUAGAUCUCCUACUUCAGCGAGCAAUGAGCGAAGACACUUGAAUAGAUCCGAGGUUCGCCGGAGUCUUGAUGUUGAGGAUUCAACACAGAGAAGUGGUGGUGGUUCCAGGGAAUUUAAGGAAGGCAGAGGAAAUCGUGACUUUGCUGGUGAUGCAUUUGCAGGUGAUGAACUAUCUCAAAUGGAUGGAGAUAAUGCCUCUGAUUCUUCUCCUUUUAUCAGAGGGAGUCACUUUUCAGGCAGUUCAAAGUCUGCUUUACCUCCCCCUCCUCCAUUUAGGUCUGGGGUUGACAGCCCAUCAAUGUUUGGCUCUUUGGACGACGACAGUAGAGGGAAGUCAACCAACCGUCACAGAAGAAUUAGUGAUCCUACUAUAGGAAGAAUGCAAGGAAAUGCUUGGAAGGGGGUUCCAAAUUGGCAGUCACCUCUGGCAAAUGGUUUCAUGCCUUUCCAGCAUGGUCCACCUCCUGUUGGUUUUCAUCCCGCAAUGCAGCAGUUUCCCGGACCACCAAUGUUCGGUGUUAGGCCUUCAAUGGAAUUGAGUCACCCUGGGGUUCCUUACCAUAUGCCAGAUGCAGACCGCUUUUCUGGCCAUGGGCGCCCAAUGGGUUGGCGAACUCCACUAGAUGAUUCAUGCGGUCCCCCAUUGCAUGGGUGGGAUGCUAACAAUUUUGGUGAAGAAGCUCACCUUUAUGGAAGGCCAGACUGGGACCAGAAUAGGACUUUGUCCAACAAUAGUCGGAGUUGGGAGACAAUUGGUGAUGUAUGGAAAGGGCCAAUAAGGGGCACCAGUGUGGAGCUGCCAUCUGGUUCACAGAAGGAGGUCUGUUCAAUUCAGGGCCCAGAUAAUUCUUUUGCUGCUCAGUUGGCUCAGCAAGCUCUGGGUGAGCAAAAGAAGACAGAUCAAGAUACUGAAAGCAAUGAUAUCAGUUUUCAGUCCAGCAGUGUUCCUGGAAGGAGCACUCUAGAAGAUUUGAAAAUUAAUCAUGAAGAGCUACCAAUUGAUGUUGAGUCAUCAGGGAAAGAAGAAGCUAGUCUUAGCAAUGUUUACCUCAAAAAGCUUGAUAUCUCGGCAGAUCUGACAGAGCCCGAGUUGUUUGAUCAAUGUACUAGUUUAAUGGAUGUUGAGCAGAUCUUGACAUCUGAUAACUCAAAGAUCUUGUUCUUGGAGGUAAAGCGGGGUGCUGUAGAAUCUAAUGUAACGCUGCCCAGCAAAUUUUCAAGUGUUCCACUCAUUGCUACUGUGGCUGAUUCUGUUUUUCAGAAAGCCAUUUCCCUUUACAAGAAGAGGAGGGAGGAAAUUGAAUUCACAAAUGGUGGACAUUUUACUUUUUCUGGUCAGCUAGGUGUGUCCUAUCCUGCACCUAAAUUAGAGAAUUCAAGUUCAGUAUAUGGUAAACUUGAAUGCUCCGGUCUGGCGGAUGAUGGGCUAGUAGAAGAGGGUGAUGAGGGGACUGAUCUCCCUGUUAGUUCUCUCAGUUCUGAGGAGGUUGUACUUUCACAAACCGCACUUCAGGAGCUGUGUGAGCCAAUGGGUUUGAACCCAGGCGAGAAAUCAAAUCUCCAUACUUCCAUAGAUGUCCCAGCCGAGAAAUCAGAUCACCCUACUUCCAUAGAUGGAGGAGCUGUCCUGACCAAGAAAUCAGAUCUCCCUACUUCCAUAGAUGAAGGAGCUGUCCCGACCGAGAAAUCAGAUCUCCCUACUAGCAUGGAUGAAGGAGCUAUUCUGACUGAGAAAUCAGAUUUCCCUACUAGCAUGGAUGAAGGAGGUGUCCCAACCGAGAAAUCAGAUCUCCCUACUAGCAUGAAUGAAGGAGCUGUUCCGACCGAGAAAUCAGAUCUCCCUACUAGCAUGGAUGAAGGAGCUGAUACAGUUGUGGAUGUGGCUCAGGAAAGUAAAUUUGCAGAAAACUCGUUGUCUGUGGAAGAGGUGGGCCAAACUGAUGCCCUUGCUCCUCUUGUGUGUAAAGAUUUGAUGGGGGCUGAUGAUAACGUCAAAGAAGAGAAGUUUGUUGAUGCUAAAUGUGGUACUCUUCCACACACUGAUGUGUCUACUGAGGUAUUUGAGGCAGCGAUGCCAGAGUCAAUUGAGUCAGUAAAUUUAAGUCGGAUACAGCAUUCUCCUGAAAGUACACAUUGAGACAAUUUAUUUUUCCGAGUUUUUGAAAUGCCCCCCCUUAUAUUCCCAUCUUCUGUUUUGUCUGCUUGCUGCGCUUUAGCUAAUCAAUAAAACUUUUGAGUUUUCUUUA